AUGGUUGAACUAGAGGUUGUAUUGGCACUGUCUUCGCUGAUAUCAUUCGUAUCAGGUGUGCUGGUCGGUAAAUACCUCGUUGGCAAUCAGCAGCAACAACAACAUCAAAACGAUAAGAAGACAUCGCAAACUAGCACUAGUGAUGAUGAAGAGGAAACAGACAGUGAUAGCGACAAUGACAACAUUGAAUACAAUGAGAAGAUUGGUCCUUGCAAGAUGGUCUUGGUCGUCAGGACAGACUUGGAGAUGACCAAGGGCAAAAUAGCUGCUCAAUGCUGUCACGGUACACUUGGUGCUUACAAGAGAGCAACAAGGAGUGCUCAACUCAAGCCACUGGUUGAUCAGUGGGAGCUAAAUGGUCAAGCAAAGGUCACUGUCAAGGUGAACAAUGAGAAGGAAUUGUUGGAUUUGGAAUCAUUGGCAAAGCAGAUGAAGGUACCUCACUACUUGGUGGUGGAUGCAGGUAGAACACAGAUUGCUAGUGGAUCAUGUACAGUGUUGGCUAUUGGACCAGCUCCACUCGCUGUGUUUGAAAAGCUGACGGGUCAUUUGAAGCUUCUCUGA